UACGGUAAUCUUGGCAACGCCUACUACAGUCUUGGAGAUUUCCAGAAAGCUAUAGAGUACCAUGAAAGAGCACUCGAAAUUUCGAAAGAAAUGGGAGACAGGGAAGGAGAAGGAGGAGCGUACGGUAAUCUCGGCAAUUCCUAUUACAGUCUUGGAGAUUUCCAGAAAGCGAUAGAGUACCAGCAACGACGCCUCAAAAUUUCGAAAGAAGAGGAAGACAGGGCAGGAGAAGGAAGAGCGUACGGUAAUCUUGGCAACGCCUAUCACAGUCUUGGAGAAUUACAGAAAGCCAUAGAGUACCACGAACGACACCUCAAAAUAUGCAGGGAAACAGGAGACAGGGCAGAAAAAGGAAGAGCGUACGGUAAUCUUGGCAACGUCUAUUACAGUCUUGGAGAUUUUCAGAAAGCUAUAAAGUACCAUGAACGAGACCUCAAAAUUUUGAAAGACGUGGGCGACAGGGCAGGAGAAGGAAGAGCGUACGGUAAUCUUGGCAACGCCUAUGACAGUCUUGGAGAUUUUCAGAAAGCUAUAGAGUACCAUGAACGAGUACUCAAAAUUUCGAAAGAAAUGGGAGAUAGGGCAGGAGAAGGAAAAGCGUACGGUAAUCUUGGCAAUACCUAUCACAGUCUUGGAGAUUUCCAGAAAGCCAUAGAGUACCAUGAACGACACCUCAACAUUUCGAAAGAAGUGGGAGACAAGGCAGGAGAAGGAAGAGCGUAUGGUAAUUUUGGCAACGCCUAUCACAGUCUUGGAGAUUUCCAGAAAGCUACAGAGUACCAUGAACGAGCACUCAAAAUUUCGAAACAAGUGGGAGACAGGACAGGAGAGGGAAGAGCGUACGGUAAUCUUGGCAACUCCUUUAACAGUCUUGGAGACUUGCAGAAAGCUAAAAAGUACCAUGAAAGACACCUCAAAAUUUCGAAAGGAGUGGGAGACAGGGCAGGAGAAGGAGGAGUGUACGGAAGUCUUGGCAACGCCUAUUACAGUCUUGGAGAUGUUCAGAAAGCCAUAGAGUACCAUGAACGACACCUCAAGAUUUCAAAGCAAGUUGGGGACAGGGCAGGAAAAGGAAGAGCGUACUGUAAUCUUGGUAACGCCUAUCACAGUCUUGGAGAUUUCGGGAAAGCCUUCCAGCAUUAUAAGAACGGUGUUAGAGCCUUUGACGACAUCAGGGAAAAUCUCAUAUCUAAUGACGAAUUGAAAAUUAGCCUUGGGAAUACGUAUAAUGAUAUUAAUUCGAGGUUAUGGGAGCUGCAGCUUACGGAUGGUAAGGUCAUCGGGGCACUUUUAACUGCUGAUCGAGGACGUGCAGAGGCUUUAAAUGAUCUCCUGGAGUUCAAGUAUGGCCUUAAAGGGCUACGCCAAGAAAUAAAAUCACGUUAUGCAAGACCAAGUGACUUUGCUAGUUACUUACCACCAAAUACAGCAUUCAUAGGUAUCAGCGAGGGAGGAAUAGUUCUCUGGGUGAACGAGAAAGGAAAAGAAAUAAAAACUAGAAGAAGCAAGAUCGAUGUCUCCGUCACAACCUAUUUUGAGUCUCUUUUGGAAACUACACGUAAAGAAAUAGGUGUGAGAGCUGAUGUUAAUUGUGAAGAUCGCUCAUUAAAAAACCCAAGCGAUACAAAGUUAGCGGAAGAAAGAUCCAGUAAGCCAAGGUCUCUUUCCUCAUGUUUUGAGACAAAGUCAUUACAAACAUUUUAUAGUGUUGUUAUAGACCCUAUAAGAGACUUACUCCAUGGCGAUGAAGUUGUGAUUGUUCCACAAGGACCUCUGUGUUUGGCGCCAUAUGCUGCUUUCAUGGACUUGAAAUCUAAAUACCUCUGCGAAACGUUAAGAAUUCGUCUGCUUCCCUCACUUUCUAGUCUGCAAUUAAUCCAAAAUUGUCCAGCACAUUGGCACAGUAAGACUGGUGCCCUUCUCGUCGGCGAUCCGUGGGUACAGGAGGUAGUUUAUGAAGGA